AUUCACCAAUCACGAACCCUUCGUCGGAUGAAGGCUGCUUCGACCUGGGCCACACGACAGCAAAAGAUAGCUGCCUCACACCCAGCCCAUCUAACAACUACCUAAGUCUAGUAGACUUAGAUACCGCCUAGGUACUGUCUGAGGAGAAGCGAAGUUCUAAACUGGAUUAGUCCAGGUAAUCACCUGUCUUAGGUCUUUAUGUAGCUCAUUUUUCCCGUUCUUAUUUUCUUGGUUAACGUUUUUUAGAUCCAUUUAAACAGGAUCAGUCACGAAAUAGGCACACCCGAAUAUUUUCCCCUGGAUAGUAGAUGCUAGAAGCGUAUGCAGUCCAUAUAUGUCUGCGAUGAUGUUAUUUGGCGAAUAAGUCGUGACGUUUCGACUGCAAGUAAGGCGAGACUUCAAUGGCUCUGAAACACGGCUUUCGUGCUGACAGCGCUCCUGACUCCCGUGGAUCGACCUUACAUGAUGAUAUCCGUGUAGAGUCACAGUCUUGCAACAUUCUUGCAGCAUUCAAACCACCAAAAAUAGCAGGGGGUAGCAGUCUUUAGCCUUCCAAUUUUCCCCUGCGAGUGGCAGUCAACGCAGCGGCGGUGUCGCAGAAGAGGCGGCGGCGCACAGCAGGGAUCCUGAUGCUCCUAGAAGCGUAGUUACAUCGGAACAAUGGACGUGAGAAGGAAGGCAGUCGCCGGCCUUUUGAGUCGACUCAAAAGCGGAGGCGGCGGCGCUUACUAGCUCUCCGUUCAUGCUAGCACUAGAAGCGUAGUUACGUCUGAACAAAUGGACCUGGAAAGGAACGCGAACGCCGGCCCAUCAUCACCAGCAGCGGCGCUGGCGUCAUCAGCUGAGCUGGUGCAGCUGAGAGUGGGCCAGGGCCGUGCUAUCCUGUCUUCAAGUCAAGGUCAUCAUGGGAGGCAGCACCGUGGGAUGGUGGUGCAGGGCCGCGACGGUCGUUCCGGUCAGGACGGUGACCCUGACGGCGGCGCACGUGAUGGUCAUGAUGGCGCACGGGAUGGUCAUGAUGGCGCACGUGAUGGUCAUGAUGGCGCACGGGAUGGUCAUGGUGGCGCACGGGAUGGUCAUGAUGGCGCACGGGAUGGUCAUGAUGGCGCACGGGAUGGCCAUGAUGAUGCGGCCUUGGGUGGUCAUGGUGGGACACAUGCUCGUGGCCGUGGGAGAUUGGAACAUGGUCAUGUGAAACAGGAGCAUGAGCAAGAGCAGCACCAGGUGCACCAGGUGCAUCAGGGGCAUCAGGGGCGGCAUCAGGUGCAUCGGGUGCAUCAGGGGCCGCAUCAGGGGCGGCAUCAGGUGCAUCAGAUGCAUCAGCUGCGUCAGGAGCAUCAGCAGGUGGAGGUUCAAGAAGCUCUGCCGAUGCACACACAGCCUGCACUGCAAGCAGAACCAACACUGAGCCGCCUGCCUGCUGCUGCUCCCUCCAGCAAUGCUGCUAGUGCCGCGAGCUCCCUUCAGACAGCAUCGGGUCCCGAGACGCACCACAUUCGAGGAGGCGACAGCAACCGCACGCAGACUGUUUCUCCAAGCGACCCGUACGGUCCUGAAAUUUCCCCUCCUCCCCAUACUAUCCCUCCUCCUUCCAAUCCCUCUUCUAUUGCGUUCGCACAAUCCGCAGCGCCAGCAAAAGCAACGCCAGCAGCAGCACCAGCAGGAGCAGCAGGAGCAGGAGCAGGAGCAGGAGCAGGAGCAGCAGGAGCAGGAGCAGCAGCAGAGGCGGCAGCAGAGGCGGCAGCAGCAGGAGGGAGCAGCGACAUCAUCCCACACAUCGCAGCACCGUCCUUCUCCUCCUCCCUGCCGCCGUCCCUCCUCACAGACCUCGAGAGCAUCCCCCCCUGCACGUGCUUCACCAACUCCAUCUCCUCCCAGUUCAACCCGCACGUGCACGCCAUCCGCUACACUGGCGUGCGCAGCCGCGGCAGCAGCCGUUGGAUCGCCGAGAUCAAGGACAACCAGCGCGGCGUGCGCAAGUGGCUCGGGACCUUCUCCUGCCCCGUGCAAGCCGCCCACGCGUUUGACGCUGCGGCGCGGGCCGUGAGAGGGCCGGGUGCAAAGACGAACUUCAGAGCGGGGGAGACGGCGGGAGUGCCGGGGACGGGGGGGAGCCGAUCGAGGCGGUGGAAGAAGGUGGCUGCGGACAGCAAGGCGGCGGCCCUGGCCGCUGCUGCUGCGCUGGAGGCCGAGGCUGAGGCGGGAGGUUCGGCAGAUGGUGGUGGUGGUGGGGUAGGAGGAGGAGCAACAGAGCUUGCUUCUGCUGGAACUCCUGGCGUUGCUCCUGACGUUGCUGCAAAUGGCGCAUCUCUGCCGGCUGCUGCUGCUGCUCCUGGUGGCGCCAGUGAUGGUGGUGGUGGGAACGGGUCUCACGGCAACGCAGCAGUGACGCGUGGAGAGGAGAGGUGCUUUGACUUGGAGGCGAUUCUAUGGCGUGAUGAUGAAGGCGCUGAUGAGGAGCAGGAAGGAGGAGUCAUGGUCAGAGGGGGGGGAAUGGGGGGUAUCGACAGAGAGGAGGCUCAGAGAGCAAGGGAUUUGUACAGAGCAGGAGGAGAAGCAGGAGCAGGAGCAGAAGUUAUUGGCAGAGGUGCUCAGGGGCAGGGGCAGGGGCAGGGGCUGGAGCAGGAGCAGGAGCAGUGGCAGGCCAGCAGCAACGACUUCUGGAGCCGUCAAAUGAGGCCCCACGGACUGCCCCAUCAGCUGGUGGCUGUCAGCCCUAUCAGCUCCUCGUCCGCGCAUCAUCAAUACAACCGCCCGUCAGCUCCUCCCCAAGCAUCUCCUCACCACCUUCAGCCCGCUCGCCAGCUCGCUUGCAGUCUAAGCCGAAUGGAACCUGCCAGGCCUGCUGCUGCUGCUGCUGCUGCUGCUGCAGCUCCUGCUGCUGCUCCUACAGCUGCUAAAUGUGCUACUGCUCCUACUACUGCUGCUAAUGCUGCUUCUUCUCCUGCUACUGCUGCGGCUGCUGCUGCUGCUGCAACGUUCCGAGACGUUCUUUCUCAUAACCAGAUACUGGGGCACAUGCUUGGGGCGAGGGGGUCUGCGGCAGCAGCGGCAGCAGGCGGUGCUGCUGCUGCAGUGGGGGGGCAGCAGCAGCAGCAGCAGCAGCAGCAGCAGCAGCAGCAGCAGCAGCAGCAGCAGCACGUGGAGUCUGAUAUUGGGGCGCCGAGAAUGCGAGAUAUGGAAGGUGCGCAACCUGAGGCGCCAGGGAAGCAGUGUGCGGAGGCUCGUUCUGACAAGUCAACGAGGCUGCAGCUGGGGUCAGCAGCAGCAGCAGCAGCACCACCAGAAGCAGAAGCAGCAGCAGCAGCAGCAGCUGCUGCCGAUGCAGUGCGUCACGCCGCUCCACGUGUCCGCGAGAAGCGCGCUCGCACGGACUGCAAUGACACGCUGCGUGCACUGCCUCUAACAGCGGCGCCUGCUGCUACCGUUUCAGCUCUUACCGCGGCUGGACGAGAGGGGAUGGGGGUUGGAUUACCUGCCUGGACCUUGUCAACUCCAGCAGAGACGGCAGACGCAGCAGAGACAGCAGCAGAGGCAGCAGAGACAGCAGCAGAGGCAGCAGCGGUAGCACCACGGGCGGGACGGAGCCGUCAGCAGCACGAGCACGAGUUGGGUGUCUCUGAUGCAUACCCAGAAGGCCCGCCUCGUGCUUUCCACCAGCCUGCCAGCCAUCCCUACGAGCAGGGCCACAUGUACCCACAGGGUGUUAGUCGAGCGUACGAGCAGCAUGCGUCUAGUCCCUAUCAGCCACAUAGUGCUGGGAGCACGGACCCAUCAUGGAGUGCUGUGGCGCGGGGAGCGCGGGGCACGGCCCGGGUGAGACUAGCGCCCAGCAGAUGCACCACCACCACCACUACUGUCAUGCUGCCCGCGUGUCUAGGGACGACCGGAAACGCGAACAGCCAGUACAUUACUGUAGCACAGCCAUUGACUGUCACCGGACCUGCCGUCACCGGACCUGUAUCGACUGCUGAUCACACCCUGGUUCUGAAUGCUGCUGCUGGCUCCCCUGCUGCGCUGGGCACCUUUCCUCCAGGCCCCUUCAUCAGCAGUAGCGCCGCCUUUCUCAACAGCAGGGCUGCGUCUGUCGCUGCUGCAGCCGCCCCUCCUUUCACCGCCCCACCUCCUCCUCCCCCUCCUCCUCGUCUCCCCCCGCCUCCUCCUCCCCAUCCUCCCCGCUCUCAUCCUACGCCUCCUCCUGUCCCUCCGCCUUCCCCUUUCCGUCCACCUUCCCCUUUCUCUCCGCCUCUUAUUCCGUCCUCUGUGCAGUGUGCGUCCCUAUGGGCGCCGUCUCACGCCGCCACUGUUGCGUCCUACGCACACCCCAGCAGCGGUGUAUCCCAAACACUCCAUAGCACCGGUGGGUUCCAACCAAGCCCUAGUGGCGGUGUAUUGCCAACACUCCCUAGCACCGGUGGGUUCCAACCAAGACCUAGUGGCGGUGUAUUCCCCACACUCUCUAGCACCGGUGGGUUCCACGCACACCCCAGCGGCGGUAGUGCCCCCCUUGCUGCAUGGCGGUGUGAGCCCGUGGCAUGGUGGGGCGCAGAGGGCAGAGCAGGGCUACCUGCGAAGGUAGGGGGGUUGAUAGCUGGCGGGCGUCAUGGGGAGGACCCAUGCAAGGGCGGGGGCGCGUGCGAGGGCGAGGAAUGGUGCGGUGCAGAGAGGAGAGCUGGGCUCCCUGAGAACGCAGGGGGGAUGGCAGCUGGCGGGCGUCAUGGGGAGGACCCAUGCAAGGGCAGGGAAUGGCGGGACGCAGCCAGCAGAGAAGGGCCGCUGCAGGCAGGGGCGAGUGCAGAUGACGGGCGUCAUGGAAACCCCUGCGAGGGCGAGGACCCCUUCUCUGUGCAUGUGUCUGGUUGCAUCGUCGACGCACCAGGUGCGCUUGCAGCAGCAGCUGCAACAACACCAGCAGCAGCAACGGCAACAGCCGGGCGUGCAGCAACAGCAACGGCGACAGCCGGGCGUGCAGCAACAGCAACGGCAGCGGCAGCACCAGAAGGUCUGGCAGCACGGGCUGGGGAGCCAGAGGUGGCGGUGGCAAGUGCAGUAGGCGCGUUGGGAGCGAUGGGAGUGAUGGGAGCGAUGGGAGCGAUGGGAGCGAUGGGAGCGAUGGGAGCAGCAGGAGCGUUCCGCUCCCACUGCUCUCAACGCGCCCUGCAGCUCUCCUCACCAGGGAGCGCCGACGGACUCGCUGUGGAGAACAUCCUAGGAGGCAGAGGAUACCACGCACCCACCAUAGGCCACAUGCGAGGAGAGCAUGCGACUGGCAUGGGGGGGGAUGCGGGAGGGGAACAGGCGUCUGCUGCUGUGCGGGUGGUGGGUGUGGGGGAGGAUGGCUCUGUCAGGGAGCAAUCUGGGCGGCAAGUCUCCUGUGGCUUGGUUGAUGGAAGGACCGGCAGGAGUGGGGGGUUGUCGGCGGAGGUGGUGGCUGCUGCUGCGCUGUCUGCCAUCCUGCAGCAGGCUGUGGGGAGCCAGAGCGGUGAGGGUGCUACUCUGCAGCAGGCCGUGGUGAGCACACAAGGCGGGGGUGCUGCAGAGGCCUCGCAGCAGCAGCAAAGGCACAUGCAAGGGCAGCAGCAACAUCAGCGGCAGCAGCAGCAGCAGCAGCAGCAGCAGCAGCAGCAGCAGCAGCAGCAGCAGGAGCAGCAGCAGCAGCAGCAGCAGCAGCAGCUGGGACAGCAGCGGUGGCAGCAGUUGUUGGAGCAGCAGCACCAGCAGCAGUGGUUGGAACAACAAGAGCAGCAGCGUUUGGAACAGCAGCAACAGCAGCAACAGCAGUGGAUGCAGCAGCGGCAGAGGGGGCAGGAGCAGGAGCCUCCGAAACUCCAGAAGCAACAGCAGGCGCAGCAGCAACAACAGCAGCAGCAGCAACCACACGUGAAGCAGCCAAAGCAGGAGCCAGUGGAUCAGCAGCCGGAGCAGCAGCUGGCAGCAGACCACAGGUGGAGCAGACGAGGAGGUGGAGUUAGCGGUGCGUCAGGGGAACGGGGGCGGCCUUCUCCGAAUCCGGCUGAUCGUGGGCUCAGCUUCGCCCAUGCUGGCCUCUCCCUAGGCCCGCCCGUAGCCACACGCCCAAUGCCACCCAAUGCAGCUGUUCCACCUCCUCCUGCAGCACACCCGCCUGUAGCACACCCUCCUGUAGCAACCCCGGCUGUAGCACACCCACCUGUAGCACACCCACCUGGAGCACACCCGCCUGUAGCUGCUCCAUCCAUCGCGCUGGGAGCAGCAGCGGCGCAAGAACCAGGAGCAGCAUCAGUGGGACUGCAGGAAAGAGCACUUAAGGGGAAUCCAAGGGCAAUGCAAGCGCUGCUGCGAGCCACACCAGGGUUCCUUCCCACCCCUGCUGUGGGAGUGCAUGGGAUGCCAGGGAUCCGACCCACCCCUGCUGUCACCCCACAAGCCGUUCCUGAGAUUAUUCUAUCACUCGCAACUAAUGUGGGUGAUAGAAACAGAGCAGCUAUUAGAGAGGAUGGGGCUAGACACCAUGGAGUCGGCGAUUUGAGGAAUGUUACGACUGGUGCAGGGGAGACUCUAAGCGCCAGCAUGAUGGUGCAUGGGGCUCGGAAGAGACGCAGGGAUGGGCAGGUGUUGGGAGAUGGGACUGGAGAGGCGGUGCCGCUGCUGGUGCCCUCGCCUUUAGGGCUCUUUCCGGAUGGUAUGGACGGUGGCUCAUGGAAAAUGACUUGACUGCAGUCAAUUUUUGCUGUACGUAUGUGUUGGGCUGAGAAAUGCCCUUAGGAUCUUUCCAGAGACUAAGUCCCAGUUGUAAAAGGAGACUUGAGUAGUGCAGCGGAAGUUGAGUAGUUGAACCCUUGUACUAGUAUGUGAGAACAAGUGAUUGAUUAAAGGAAACAAGCAUAC